AUGAUAGAAAAUGAACCAUGCUGCUCCUCUCAGCCGCAAGAAUCCCGAGAAGCCAGCCGCCAUGGUGAUGACAGAAAGGCUGUCUGUGCCAAUUCAUCGUUACCUACUUCACCAGAAGCCGAAGAUGUUGACUGCGAGGAAGAUAUUGUUGAUCUAUGCCGACGGCUCGACACCCAGCUCGAAGAAAAGGCAAAGAUGCAUAACUUGAAUGCUUUGAAUGUCAAGUCAAUCCUCCAUCGUCUUAUCAAAGAUCCCCAUGUUUUAUCUACGUUAAUGGGUAUAAAAGGCGAUACGGACGGAAUCCCCAGUCUAAAAGUGACUCGUUCUAAAGUGAAGCACACCGCAGAACCGGCUAAGGUGGAACUGAAACCUGUUGCUCCACCAAGGACAUUUCUCGACGUACAGUUCGAAAACGAGGACGAAGAUGAAGAUUACAGACCUGAGGAUGCACAGAGUGAUGAGAGUGACGAUGACGACGAAGGAAAUGAGACCUUAACUACACACGAUGCUGAGAGAACUCGUGAUCGAGAAGAUGCUCUUGAUAUAUCAGACCUCGGCGAUUCCGAGGUUUCUCCCUACCAGCUUAGGUCUCGCAUUCCCAAUGUUGAUGAUUCGCUAUGUGAUUCACUGAAGGACACAUUUGCACAAGAUAGUUUCGAUACAUUUACCGACUACCACGGUCAA